AUGAACAAUACGGCUUCUUUACCGACUGACAUUGGCCCACCAGCUGGCUACCAUGUCAACUUUGAUGAUCCCCAACGACUAGCUGUUCGCGAGGCGUACUGGCUGGGGGGAACAGGCCUGCUUGUUAGCUUCUUAUUUAUGGCGCAGCGAAUGUACACGCAGGUCAUCAUACUCAAGUGCUUUCAAUUGGAAGAUGCUCUUUUUCUUAUCGCUUGGAUCACGUCGUUGGUGGUGGAAAUCAUGUCUCUCCGUACGGAGAUCCGUUUCAACGAGCUGUAG